CAUUUACAACAGGUACUUCUAGUCAGGCCAAGUUCAGUCACUGCUGCUGCUUUGGACUAAAAUGUUAUGGGCAGCAGCUGGAGAGAACAUCAUCAGAGACUGCUCUAGACUCAAUGACCCCUCCACGUUCUGCAGCUUGAGCAUCUUCUACCAUUCCAGAUUGGACCAGCCUUCAAAGUAAAGGCCAUGGCAUUUUAUCCCCUGCAAAUUGCUGGGUUGGUUCUUGGGUUCCUUGGCAUGGUGGGGACUCUUGCCACAACCCUUCUACCUCAGUGGAGAGUAUCAGCUUUUGUUGGCAGCAACAUUAUUGUCUUUGAAAGGCUCUGGGAAGGGCUCUGGAUGAACUGCAUCCGGCAAGCCAAGGUCAGGUUGCAGUGCAAGUUCUAUAGUUCCUUGUUGGCGCUCCCACCUGCCCUGGAAGCAGCCCGGGCACUCAUGUGUGUGGCCGUUGCUCUCUCCUUGAUUGCACUCCUUAUUGGCAUCUCUGGCAUGAAGCAGGUCCAGUGCACGGGCUCUAACAAGAGGGUCAAAGCAUACCUUCUGGGGACUUCAGGAGUCCUCUUCAUCCUGACGGGCAUCUUCAUUCUGAUUCCAGUGUGCUGGACAGCCAACAUCAUCAUCAGGGAUUUCUACGACCCAGCCAUCCACGUAGGUCAGAAGAGAGAGCUGGGAGCAGCGCUUUUCCUCGGCUGGGCAAGUGUUGCUGUCCUCUUCAUCGGAGGGGGUCUGCUGUGUGGGUUCUGCUGCUGCAACAGAAAGAAGCAAAGCCACAGAUAUCCAGCCCCUGGAUACCGUGUGCCACACACAGAUAAGCGAAGGAACGUGACGAUGCUUAGUAAGACCUCCACCAGCUAUGUCUAAUACCUGCUUUCAGCUCCCAUGAUGGAUUACAGUCACUGUGUUUUAUAAAGUCCUGCCAGAAACUGUAAGUACAUUAGGCAGGAAAACUUGCUUUAUAGCUAGAUCUAAAUUGAGAUGAAAAUUUCAAUUUGUCGCCUAUGGUAAUAAUGGAAGUGACUUACUUGGACUUUCUGACCUCAUGUGUAUUAAAUGCAUGUACUAUCAUCAGAUUCAGUCCCCAUUCCAGUUUGCAUAGUCAAGAUCAAGUAUGCCUGCAGUCAUUAGCAGAUGUACAAUGUUGGACUACUGUUUGUUUUUUUUUUUUUUACCAUUAUAUAUUAUCUGAUAAGAUCUAAAAAUGCAAUUGGUAAUCCAUAGCAAUAAUGCAUAAGCAUUUUCUAAAAGGUAACCUG